ACACAAGCCAAGGAGAGAGCCCUCAGGAGAAACCAAACCUGCUGACACCAUCAUCACAGACUUUCAGCCUCCAGAACUACUUCAAUUGUGAGGAAAUGUCAUUCAGAUUUGGCCAACAUCUCAUCAAGCCCUCUGUGGUAUUUCUUAAAACAGAACUGUCCUUUGCUCUUGUGAAUAGGAAACCUGUGGUACCAGGACAUGUCCUUGUGUGCCCGCUGCGGUCAGUGGAGCGUUUCUGUGACCUGCGUCCUGAUGAAGUAGCUGAUUUGUUUCUGGCAACCCAGAGAGUUGGGACAGUGGUGGAGAAACAUUUCCAGGGGACCUCUCUCACCUUUUCCAUGCAGGAUGGCCCCGAAGCUGGACAGACUGUGAAGCACGUUCAUGUCCAUGUUCUUCCCAGAAAGGCCGGAGACUUUCAGAGGAAUGACAGCAUCUAUGAUGAGCUCCAGAAACAUGACAAAGAGGAGGGCUCCCAGGCCUCUUGGAGAUCAGAGGAGGAAAUGGCGGCAGAAGCUGCAGUUCUGCGGGUCUACUUUCAGUGACACAGGUGUGAAAGUAACUCGAACAAAUCCCAAGGUAUAAGGAAGUGGUCCUCAUUCUCUAGGAUUCUGCAGCAUUGGAAAUGAAGCUAAGCAAAGUUCAUUACAUCUUACAAUUCUGCAACCUAUUGCAAAGCAUUUUAUUACACUUGUGGAAACCAUUGGGGUUGUGUUUCAGUCAUAAUGACUGACAGGCUAACUUCAAAACAAUAGCAUCAACAGCCCUUCCACACUUCCUUGGCUAUAUACUUAGAAUAGACCCUUUUUUAAAUUGUCCCUUGGCCUGGAUGGAAAUAAAAUGUAGUUAAAAUAAUAAUAAAAAAAAGCUGAAUCAUGGACUGCAUUAUUGAAAAAGCCUUUUUUUACUUAUGUUCCUCACUAGUUUGUAUAAAAGCAGUUAUAACAGAAUAAUUAAAUGGCCUUAGUAUAUUUAAAAAUCCUUAUUCAUUCCCUCAUUCAUACAUUUGAAUAUGCAUUCUGUUAUAGGUACUAUGAUGAAUCUACAAGGGAAACCAAAGUCCUGUGUUCAGGAAACUUUAACCCCUGAUGGAGAAACGUUGCUGUGGCUCCUCAGAGCUGGAAGGAGCCUAUGGAACUAGAGGCACAGUGGGUAGCACUGAGUACCUGACAGGAAACAGACUGAUUCCCCACCUAAAGGGUGUGCUACCAGUGGUCCCCAACCUUUUUAGUACUAGGGACUGGUUUCAUGGAAGACAAUUUUUCCAUGGACUGGGUAGGAGGGAUGGUGAGUGAUAGUGAGCAGCUGUAAAUACAGAUGAAGUCUCACUUGUCGGCCACUCAAUCCUACUGUGCAGCCUGGGUCAUAACAGGACAUGAACCAGUACCAGUCCAUGGGCCGGGAGUUGGGGACCACAGUGGCUCAAUAUAGACACCAGUCCGUGGGGUCCCUGCAGUCAAGCCUUUCCCAUGGAAUCCCUGAUCUGCAUAAUCAUUUAGUAAGAAACAAGAAGACUUCUGGGAUUCAGAUAGUGACCCUGUGUGCCCAUUCCCUAGGACUUCAAUUCAAAGCUCUAUAAAAAAUGAAAGCACAAAGCAAAAAGUUCCCAGCUGCUCCACAAAAGGCCUACAGCUGGCUAUUGACACCACUAAUCGCAAGAACUCCAUUAAGAGGAUCAAAGCCAGGUCUGAGGCCUGCAGAGAAAAAUGAAGGCAAGUACACAGGGCCCACUGCACCUCUUUUCCCAAAUUACAUUCAGUAAAUACAGAAGUUCUCAGAUACUGCUCUUUACUUGUUUCCUUGUUUUCCUCCUACCUCUUUGGCUGUUCUUCCUUUGUCCCUUGCACAUGGAGUUGCCUGUUGUGUCCAAGUCCUGCUAAUUCCACUUUCUUAAUAUUUCUGGAGUCUGUAUUUUUACCUUUACCUGAUGUAAAAAAAAAUUGAAGUUGUAUCAUCUAACGAUGCUUUAAAAUGUUGUAGGGAUAUUCCCUACCUAGGUGAACUUAUACCUGUGCACAGUGGGACAUAUAUAGGGACUUACAUAGCACCACUGAUUAUGAUCAUAAAAAAGGAAGAACCAUAAAUAAAAUUCAUUGACAAAAUUAUUAAUAAUUAUGAUCCAUUUAUAAAAGAUAAUAUUCUAUACCUGAGGUUUUCAAACUUCUUAGUCUUGGGAUCCUUUUAUACUCUUAAUUAUGGUAUCAGAAAUUAAAAUAGUUUUUUGGAAAAUUUAAUUAAGUCAUAUACAAAGGAUAAAUUCAUUGCAUGUUAAAAUUUUUAUGGAAAGUUUUCUUAACCCCCAAAAAAAUUUAGUGAAAAAAAGGCAUCACUGUACAUUUUUUAAAUGUCAAAUCUGCUUUUGCUUAUUUAGUGUCUUCAGUCCAUUCUGUCCUUUUGAUUGAAAAUACUAUUGGCCAGUAUUACUGUAAAUACUGUAAAUACUAUUACAGGCUCACACCUGUAAUCCUAGCACCCUGGGAGGCCAAGGCAGGAGAAUAG